AUGUUGAAGGCCCUCCCAGAUGCUUCCUUCUUCUUUGAAAGUAAGCAGGAAAAUAAAACUUUCUCUAAGGAGCAACUUGAUUCUUUUCAAAAACUGAAGACGUUGGAAGCUGGUGGCAACAAGCUCAUUUGCUCCUGUGACUUCCUGUCUUUCACGCAGGGGCAGUGGGUACUGGCCCAGCUCCUGACCGACUGGCCAGAAGACUACCUGUGUGACUCUCCCUCCCACGUGCGGGGCCAGCGGGUGCAGGACACCCGGCUCUCACUUUCUGAAUGCCACCAGGCCGCCAUGGUGUCUGCCGUGUGCUGUGCCCUUCUCCUGUUGCUCCUGCUCACGGGGGUCCUGUGCCACCGUUUCCACGGACUGUGGUACCUGAGGAUGCUGUGGGCCUGGUUGCAGGCCAAGAGGAAGCCCAGGAAGGCUCCCCGCAGGGACAUCUGCUAUGACGCCUUUGUGUCCUACAGUGAACGGGAUUCCUACUGGGUGGAGGACCUCAUGGUCCAGGAGCUGGAGCACUUCGACCCGCCCUUUAAGUUGUGCCUUCAUAAGCGGGACUUCAUUCCCGGCAAGUGGAUCAUUGACAACAUCAUUGACUCCAUCGAAAAGAGCCACAAGACCAUCUUUGUGCUUUCUGAGAACUUUGUGAAGAGUGAGUGGUGCAAGUACGAGCUGGACUUCUCCCAUUUUCGUCUCUUUGAUGAGAACGAUGAUGCUGUCGUUCUCAUUCUGAUGGAGCCUCCCAUUGAGAAAAAGGCCAUUCCCGGCAGGAAGGAUCUGAGUUUAAGAAUAAUUCUAAUUAAGGUUGCCUGA